GCUGGGUCAGGUCCAGCUCUCACCCCCAGCACCCCCAAAUCCUUCUCCCAGGGCUGCUCCGGCUGCUCGUGCCCAGCCCGGUGCCUGGCGGGUCUGACCAGUCCCAUGCUGGUGCUCCGGGGCGCUGCCCCCAGACCGUUCCACAUUCCGCUCUGUGACACCGAGCUGCCCCUCCCCGCACAUGGAACCGACCCUCUGUGACAUCAGCCCGGCCUGGUGGCACCGUGGGCACUGCCAGGGCCGUGGGUGGCACCAGAGGUGACAGCUCUGCUCCGCCUCUGCCACCCGCGCUGGCAGCGAUGGCUUUGCUGAGGCUGCUCGUCCUGCUGGCCCUCGUUGGGUCCGUGUGGGCCACCUGGGACACCUGCAGAGGCACCUGUGGGCUCCGGCCCAUGGCCUUCGACCGCAGCUCUGCGCCUGCUGAGUACUCCCAGGACAAAGAUUACGAAAUUUUGGAUUCUUCCCACGGUUCCUCCCAGGACAAGGGUGGCACCGGGAUCCAGCCGGGGGCAUGGCCUGGCAUCGUCAGCGUCCAGGCCACCCGGGAGAACGGCACGUGGCACAUGUGCUCGGGGGCACUCAUCCACCCCCAGUGGGUGCUGACGGUGGCACAGUGCUUCUUCGGGGCUGGGGACAUCUCCAAGUGGGAAGUGGUGAUCGGUGCCACCGAUCUGAGCCAGCCGGGCCCCGAGGCCGAGGUGCGCCACAUCCAGUCCCUCAUCGUGCACCGCCAUUACAACCCCAGCACGGCGCGGAACAACAUGGCGCUGCUGGAGCUGGAGCGGCCCGUGGAGUGCAGCGACUACAUCCAGCUGGGCUGCGUGCCCGACAGCUCCCUGGCAGUGCCCGAGCUCAGAACCUGCUACAUCGCGGGCUGGAGAGCCGCCCCGGACAGCGCCCCCGGCCCGCGCCCGCUGCUGCAGGAGGCCAAAGUGCGGCUGAUGGACGCCCAAGUGUGCAACAGCAGCCGCUGGUACGGGGGGGCCGUGCAGCCCCAGGAGCUGUGCGCGGGGUACCCGCGGGGCGGCAUCGACACCUGCCAGGGGGACAUCGGGGGUCCCCUGGUCUGCAAGGACAAGACCCGUGACCACUUCUGGCUGGUGGGACUGGCCAGUUGGGGUAAGGGCUGUGCUGGGGCCAAGCGGCCUGGGGUGUUCACCUCCACCCAGCACUUCCACACCUGGAUCCUGGUGCAGAUGGGGCUGCUCCAACCUGAAGCUGAUGCUUCUCCAGCCGAGUCCUUCCCCAGCUUGGAGAAGGAGCUGCAGGAGGACUUGGAGGAUGAGUUAAAUCCCAACAACUCGGAGGAUUACGCCGGGGGUUCAUUCCAGCAACAGAUUUUGGGAAAAUUCCUCAACCUGAUGCUGGAGCUCGUACAGUUCUUGAAGGGAGAAAAAGCCUGAGCAGCAGGAUGUGCUGAUCCAGUUCUGGAAAUCCUUCCCUGCUGGGUCCUGUGGCUCUGGGACCAGGCUGUGCCCUGCCCACAUUCCUGCCCUGUGCCCACCCCGCUGGUGAACCCAGUUUUGUUGUUGAAUUAAAGUUGUUGCAGUU